UUUUCCUCCUAGGAGGAGAUUUCCUCUGACGCGGUGUCACCGUGUUAUGGUUCCCCCCCGCCGUGUAGAGACUUCACGUGAAGCACCGUGGUCCGUGUGCCGUUUAUAGAAUUUUAUCCAACCUUUUGUGUGUGUGUGUGUGUUUUGAGAAUGCAUCUAACACAAAAGCUGGAGCUUUUCCCCGACCACAGAGUGACCCAGAUGCUCUUCAAAGAAGUCAAAAAUGCUGCAGAGCUGAAAAAAAGCGCCAUGGAAGGGAAAAUAAACGGUGCCUUGAUCAACCCUACGAUGCUGGUGGAUCCUUUUCAAGUGCUGGUAGCUGCCAAUAAAGCCGUUCACUUAGAGAAAAUAGAAAAAAUGAAGACAAGAACUCUUUACUCGGAGAUCAUCUUCAAUCUGUCCCCUACAAAUAAUAUCUCAGAGGCCUUUAAAAGAUUUGGGAUCUCAGAUGGUGAUGACUCCGUUCUGAUCGUUAUGGUUGACAGCAAAGAUGAGUCCCAGGUCGUGUCAGACAUUGCAGCCAGGGUGGAGGGCCGGCAGGUUCCAGUGGAAGAGAUUUCUUCACUGUCAGACCACGCAAAGAUCAAAAAGCUGUACAAAGUCACUCCCCAGGAGGAGAAAUGUGGGAGUCUGCUUGAUGCGGUCGUAUGCAGAAUGGCCACCAAGGAUGUUAUGUAGGUUCGGCGGGAUAUACUAGGUGCGAUUAGAAACUUCUGUGACUUUUAUGACUUCACCCUUAAAGAAAUGAAAGACUACGCUUUGAGCUCCACUUCAACACACUGUCCUUGUGCAGGACUGGACUACUUCCAGCACCGCUGCUAUUUUUAGAUCACUCCUUGAACGUCUCAUUCUGUCCACUGGAGCAAUUCAAACGUUAACUUCUGUGUCAGGCUGAAACAGCUUUGACUCGGAGGGUCAUCAAAGGUUAUGAGAGCGGCUUGUCCACCUACAGCCCACCGACCAAACAGCACACAAUCCAAAAGCAACGCAUCAGGAUCUAGACGAUUUUUUUUUCCCAGCAUUCAUGCGUUGUGCACCAAGGUCAGACUUAUUCAAGGAUCUAAUAUCCUGAGGCAUUCAAGGGACACCAAAGGUUGGGAUUUUUUGUAGCUCACCACUGGUUACAUACAGCCAGAUACGAUUCUGUUCUCUAAAAUGAAGCCAAAUGUAACAGAUUCAUGCAGUGUUGCACCAGAGACCACCUUCGAGGGGGGACUGUUUUUGUUUUUGCAGAGUUGCAGAACUUUAUGAUCACACCUUGUAAGACCAGGAUAUACCUAAUAAUAUCUGAGAAAAUGUGUUUUUUUUCUCUUCACAGCAGUUUAACAAUAGAUCCGUUGUCAAUAGAUCUAUGUCUGUUUUUAAUACUAGCCCAGCACACUCUUAAGUUUAAACCAACAGAAAUUGUCAGUCUUGAUCUGUGUACACUGGGCUCAGUCAAAAUAAAUCUUAUUUUUCUUAAA